AUGAAUAAUAUAUUGGUUUUCCUAGUUCUUAUUAGCUAUGUGCAGGUGAGGAAAUGUUUUUGUUUUUUUUUCAAAAAAAAAAAAAAAAAAUAGCUGAUGAGAGUGGGAUUCGAACCCACGCCCCCGAAGGGACUGGUGCCUUAAACCAGCGCCUUAGACCGCUCGGCCAUCUCACCACACGAGAGAGCGUCUGCUUUUUGUCGAGAGAUACUUGACCUGGAGCGAUUUUUUCAAUGAAAAUGUUUGCAGACUCAAGAUUUCCUAUCACUAAUUCAACCAUUUUUGGGUGCCGCCGGUGGUGGAGGCGGUGGAAAUCCAUUUGGAAAUCCUCAGGCAAUUGGUGUAAGUGGUUUUCAUACAAUUUGACAAUGAGAUAUACAAAAAAACAAUAAAACAGUGAAAGUUUUUUUGGUUACGCAAUGUUUAUUUAUUUGCAUACUCGAAAACAUACAAAUCUUUUGUAAUAAUUCAACAAAAAAGUAUGUUUUGAAGGGCAGAUUGAAAUCGGUUUACGAGGAAAAGCUUAUAGACUUCAAGGUCAUAUAAGUUUUGGUAAGUUUCGAGAAAAAAAACGAGAAAACUUUGGUUUUUGGUUGUUGUAGAUAGCGAAAAAUUCAGUUUUGAUUUGGAUUUUCAGCAGGAAUUCUUAAAAUUCAGUCAAAAAUCAACCUAAGAGCUACAAAACGAACCUAAAUUUAACUCUGGGUUUCCUAAGGUAUUAUCGAAAAUCGCAUCGGUACUCCACGCGCUCCACCGAAAUAAACACGCAACGCAGACCGCUCCGCGCCACAACACACACAAAUAAGGGAACGAUUCAAAUUCCCGCCCUUUUUUGUGUGUGUUGUGGCGCGGCGCGGUCUGCGUUGCGUGUUUAUUUCGGUGUAGCGCGUGGUACCGAUGAGAUUUUCGAUAAUAGCCAAAAUUUUUUUCAAAAACUUUUUUUCACAAAUUUCAAUCUUGCCAAUCUUGCCAUCCCAUAAAACGUAUGUACAUAUAAUUUAAAUCCAAUCAAAUGUUAUUCCAAAGUUACGCAAACUUUUCCUCAAACACAGUUGGAAACCUCAGAAAAAUCCUGUUUUUUUGCAGGGUCUUUUCCAACAAUUCGCCGGUGGAGGCGCUGGAAAUUUCGCCAAUUUAUUCGCGCCAAAACCGCCACCAGCUGCACCAAAUCGAGGUGGAGGAGGUCAUAAUCGAGCACCAGCACCUGUUCCAACAAAUGAGGAUUAUAAUACUGAUUUGGUGAGAGUUAGGGCAACUUUUUGGCUGAAAAUUCUGAAUUUUGGCUGGAAAUCAGGCCAAUUUUCAGCUAGAAUUUCAGAUUUUCAGUACAGAAUUACUAUAAAACCCUAAUGUUUUUCAGGACGACCUAAAGCCCAAACCAGCACCAAAACCCAAGCCACCACCACCACGCAAGCCAAAAGCUCAAUCAGCACCAAGACCACAAGGUGAAGAUGAAUACGAUUCAAUUGACAUGUCACUAACUAAUCUCGGCUAA